GACUUGAAGGAGAAGAAGGAAGUUGUGGAGGAGACAGAGAAUGGAAGAGACGCACCUGCCAAUGGAAAUGCUAAUGAGGAAAAUGGGGAGCAGGAGGCUGACAAUGAGGUAGAUGAAGAAGAGGAAGAAGGUGGGGAGGAAGAGGAGGAGGAGGAAGAAGGCGACGGUGAGGAAGAGGAUGGAGAUGAAGAUGAGGAAGCUGAGGCUCCUACGGGCAAGCGGGUAGCUGAAGAUGAUGAGGAUGAUGAUGUUGACACCAAGAAGCAGAAGACCGAUGAGGAUGACUAGACAGCAGAAAGGAAAAGCUAAACUUAAGGCCACCGUGACCUAUUCACCCUCCACUUCCCGUCUCAGAAUUUAAACGUGGUCACCUUCGAGUAGAGGAGCAGGCCCCGCCCUUAGCGGGCAGUGCCACCCACAGAUGACAUGCGCUCUCCACCACCCCACCAAAACCACACCAUGAAUUUGCAACAGGGGAGGGAAAAAGAACCAAAACUUCCAAGGCCCUGCUUUUUUUCUUAAAAAUACUUUAAAAGGAAAAUUUGUUUGUAUUUUUUAUUUACAUUUUAUAUUUUUGUACAUAUUGUUAGGGGGGUCAGCCAUUUUUAAUGAUAACGGGUGACCAAACCAGCCUUCAGAGCGUUUUCUGUCCUACUUCUGACCUUACUUGUGGUGUGACCAUGUUCAUUAUAAUCUCAAAGGAGAAAAAAAAAAAAACCUUUAAAA